CGGCUAAGUUGUCUCGCUUGCUAAGACUUUGACGCCGGUGAUCCGGCUUCUGCCUGACUGGUUCGCAGUCUUGCCAUGCAUUGCUUAGCCCUGGACCACUGGUGUUGCAUAUCGUAGGUGACUGGCUGUCCGACUCUAACGGUCAAUGUUACAUACGCUAUUCGCCCUAGGUGGAAGCUAUGGAAAUUUACACAUCUCCCAAAUACUACUGUUCAGGGUUUCCGCCCCAUCCGAUGUCAUAAGUGGAGGCAACAAUUUCAAUUUAUAAGGCUUGCCCACCACCCCGCCCUUUGCCUCAUCUACUGGAGAAGUUGUGUCAAAGUCUAGAGGAAGUGCGGGUUGUAUUGAUUUCACGAUGCUGGGCCCGUCUUUCCUCCCCGUUGCUUUAACUGCCUUGUCGUGCGUGGACGCCCUCUCGCUUCACAGGCGUGAUACCCCAGCCACCGUCGAGCUGCCUAUCGAGCGUAGGCAGCAUGCUGGCGGCCUGCAGAAGCGAGAUUCGACGCUGGAUCUGCCACUCAUAAACUACUAUGAUAGUUUUUAUAUCCUAAACCUGACGCUAGGAACGCCAGUGCAGCAGUUCGCGGUCGCUUUGGAUACAGGCAGCAGUGACCUCUGGGUGAAUGUCGCCAACUCGUCCUAUUGUUCGUCCCGGGGUAAUCCAUGCAAACCUUUUGGCUUGUAUGAUCCCGACGCAUCCUCGACAUACAAGAACCUGGAUGUUGAUUUCAAUGCAACCUACGGUGACGGCACCAACGCCUACGGUUACUACGCCACUGAUAAACUCGGCCUGGGUGAUAUACAUGUUGAUGACAUGCAAUUUGGCGUUGCCGAAUCAACUACGAUAACACAGGGUAUCGUCGGUGUAGCUUAUGACACUCUCACCAACGAAGCUGCACAUGAAGGCAAAACAUACGCCAAUCUCCCCCAAGCCCUGGUCAAUAGUGGCGCCAUUAAAUCGCCCGCCUACAGCCUGUGGCUUAAUGAUCCCGCAGCGAGUCGGGGCUCUAUUCUCUUCGGUGGCGUUAACAAGGCCAUGUACAAAGGCGACCUCCAGACUAUCCCCAUUGUGCGCACGCUUGGAGAGUAUUCUUAUCUAGCCGUUACCCUGACCGGCGUUUCUGUGGAACAUGGCAAGGAGUCUGACGAUUACUCCUCGCAGCUUCCGAUAGUAGUGUUGCUCGACUCGGGUACCACCUUGACAUAUCUGCCUAACUCGCUCGCUGACUCGCUCUACAAAAAGUUCAACGCCACCUUCCUCGAGGAUGACGGACUGGCAUAUGUGGACUGCGACCUCAUGAAAAAGGACUAUACCGUGAAUUUUGACUUCUCCGGCGCCACCAUCGCCGUUGGAAUCAACGAACUGGUCCUGAGAGUGAUUGCCAGGGACUUCCCCGAGGGAACCUGCACCUUUGGCGUUGUGCCCAGCGGAGACCGCCAAGACGCCAUGUACAUCCUGGGCGACACCUUCCUGCGCAGUGCAUACGUCGUGUAUGACCUCGGUAACAACGAGAUCUCUCUCGCCAACACAAACUUCUCUCCCGAGAAAGACGACAUCUUGGAGAUCGGCACCGGCACCAGUGCCGUGCCCGGCGCCACCCCAGUCGAGUCCGCUGUCACUUCGGCUACCGUUGCAUCCGCCACAGAUAUCGUGCAUACCAUCACGAUCGGCGGUCCUAAAGCCACCACUACGGGGUCGGAUUCUGGCGCGGCUGAGACCACUUCCUCGAGCGGCAUCGCUGCCUUGCCGACCAGUAAUACGAGACAUCUGCUCUCUGGCCUCGCGGGCGCUGGUCUUCUGCUUGCUUUGUAAUGAUUCUUUUGGGACGACUGCAUUGUUGCCGACGUUGUGGAUUGCGUGAUUAAUAGCUAUGGAAGAUGAGGAUAGUGCUCUGUAUAAUGUUAAACCGAACAUCUCUGUACAUAUGCCAUGUUCAUAAACCAAUUGACGAGAUAGAUUCCCCAGUUA